CUCGGAUGGUGGGCUCAAUCUCAAUCCCUACCCCAAUCGCUUUCCCCAAUUCCACUUCUCUCUCUUCUCCUUCAAUCCUUCCACUCCGUCGAUCCCCUCUCCUCUCCCACUGCAACCGACGCCGCCGCCUCCAAUUCCGGCCCCUGGUUCUCGUUUCCUCUGCCGCGGGUGUCGCCGCCAAUUCUGUCCCCAGAAAUGGGUCCUACACCGUCGGCGACUUCAUGACCACCAGGGAGUAUCUGCACGUCGUCAAGCCCACCACCACCGUCGACCAAGCAUUGGAUGCUCUUGUGGAGAAGAGAAUCACCGGUUUUCCUGUGAUUGACGAUGACUGGAAACUCGUUGGUGUUGUUUCAGAUUACGACUUGUUAGCGUUGGAUUCCAUAUCCGGAAAUAUAAAAGGUGGUGGUCAAAGUGACACAAACUUGUUUCCAGAUGUUGAUAGUUCUUGGAAAACAUUCAAUGAGAUACAGAAACUGCUUAGCAAGACCAAUGGAAAAGUUGUUGGUGACUUGAUGACACCUGCUCCGCUUGUUGUUCGUGAAACCACCAACCUGGGAGAUGCGGCUAGGUUGUUGCUUGAAACAAAAUAUCGCCGACUGCCAGUUGUAGAUUGUGAAGGCAAGCUGGUUGGGAUCAUUACGAGGGGGAAUGUUGUUAAAGCUGCCCUGCAGAUAAAACGUGCGAGUGAAAAUAAGCUUAGUUGAGGGGAUCAUCGGUGGAGCUCACAAAAAGUCGCUUCAAUAUCACAUUUAUUUCUGCAAUGCACACUAUUAAGAGGCCGGCCACUUAUACUAUUUGAAGGAAAGUUUAUCAUUUAUGUCCUUCAGAAGGGAUAUAUUAUAGCUUUCUAGGAACCUUGCCUUAAUAUAUAGUAUAGAUUGCCUUAAGGCAGGGUACUUCCACUUGUAUUUAGGGUUGUAAACUUAUCAAACAUAGUUUUGUGUAGGAUAAGAUCCGACUUGCAUUUGUCCUACGCCAAAUUUUGUAUUGUUACGUCUUAAAGACGAUGAUUAUUGAUGGUUAUAGUUUAUAAUGAGCUUUCCCAACAUAGCUCUUACUUUGGUGUU